AGCAAUUCCAAACCCCCAUUUUCAAUUUCGGAUCCAACCACCACUCUCUCUCUCUCUCUCUCUCUCUCUCUCCUUCUCAAUCGGAAAUGUCGUCGGCCACCGCCACCGACGCUCUCAUCUCCGUAACGGAUCCGAUGGAGAGGCACACCUACUGGUGCCACGAGUGCGACUUGAGCGUCUCUCUCCGCCCUUCUUCCUCUUCCCUCCUCUGCCCUCACUGUUUCGGUAACUUCCUCGAGCUCAUGGACUCCGCCUUAUCCCCUCUUUCUCCUCCUCCUCCUCGUUCCUCCUCCGACAUCCCCUUCCCCCUCUCCGCCGCAGCCGCCGCCGCCGACGACGACAAUUCCCUCCUCGACAGCCCCUAUCUCCACCGACUCGUCCAGCACCUCACCGCCGACGACUACUACUCCAAUAAUCCCAAUCCCUCCACCACCAAUUCAUCUUCUCUACCUGCCUCCAAUGCCGCCGUCGAAGCUCUCAUCACCGUCAAGAUCGUCGCUUCCCUUCUCGAACUCGAUCCUCUUCUCUUCUGCCCAGUUUGUAAGGACCAAUUCAUUGUUGAUGUUGAAGCCAAGCAGCUUCCUUGCAAGCAUCUCUACCAUCCCGACUGCAUUCUACCGUGGCUCGCUAACCAUAGCACUUGCCCGGUUUGUCGGUUUCAGCUUCCUACUAGACCCAUCAACCCCCGCCGUACAACGUCGGGAUUGGUGGCAACGACGCCGUUGCGGUUUGGGGAUGUGUUGACCGGCGAAGAGGAUUGGUUUGGGUAUAGGAACACUUUGAGGUACAUGGCCAGGAGACACAUGCAUCUUAUGUCUGAAGCCAUUGGGGAUGAAAAUUCGAAUUUGUCGUCGUUGUCGCCGACACAAAUGGCGGAGGCGGCGGAGGCGGAUAUGGGUUUUGUGGCUCGCACUAGCAGCGUGGAGACGGUUUCCAGCUGGCCCGUAGAAGCAGGAGCUGGGAGUAGAGAAAUGGAUGUGAGUGGCAGGGCCAAUGAGGAUGGUGGUGAUGCUCCCAUGUCUGAUGUUAAGGUCUCCUCCAGCUCCGUUUCUUAAAAUUCUGAGGUAAUGUAUAGUAGGUUGCCUAUAGAGGAAUGUGAGAGUUCUGUUACCAUUAGAUUUCCCGGAAGUGUAAAUCUACAGCUGAUGGUUGUGAGACAUAAUUUCUUUUUGCUUGGUAUAUCAACGCUGUUGAACAAGUGGGUUACAUAAUAUCCAAGACAAUUGUGCGUAGCCCUGCCGGCAGACUUUAAAUCUGUAGAAUGUUGGAGUUAAAGUUUGUGUAAACCUAAUGCCUUGAUUUCCAUUUAAUAAAUGCAACUUCUUCCUAUCAAUAUUUUCUCUGUCUGAGAACCAUCAAUAUCUUCAUACCCAGUUUACAGGUUGUGGUUUGUAGGCAACAGAAAAGCUGAGUUAUUUGCAGGCCUAUUUUUGUACAAUCUCAUAUUGAAUUAUCUUUUUUGUGUCCCAGAACUUUAUGUAUAAUCCUAUACCCCAAAUAUAUUACUCAAAUUUUGAAUCCUACAUGAGAGUGCUUAUAGGGUGAUUAAAAGCGCUUUUAGUAGGUGAUUGGUUAAAUGCCUAUUUUGGUGUAUUUUUAUUAUGGGAAUGUUGAGGAAUCGCUUUUGUUUCUUGAAAGUGCUCAGAAUUGUUGCAAAUUCUGUGUAUUUAAGAAAAUAUAUUCUCUGAUUUAGUUUAAAACAGAUGAACAGAUUUUCUCACUCCUAAAUGCAGAAGUUAUCAAAGUUCUUGAUUUGAAUAUUAUAAUAAUAAUAUAUAUAUAUAUAUAUGCUUUUUAGAUGUUGCUUGUGAAGCAGGAAAAUGAUAAAUUAAUUUGAAAAAAAGAAAAAAGAAAAAGUAAUUAAAGUAAUUAAAAUAUUAAGGUAGUUAUCCAAGUGGAUGUUUUAAAUAGAUAAGAUAAUGCUUUUUCGUGGUGCAAAAGAGGCGUGUUUUGUUGUCCAAGCUAAGCCUUGAAAGUUUAAACCACGUUGUGAAAUUGAGAAAGCUAUCUGAGAGAGAGACAAGGGCGGCUUAUGUGGUGCCGCACAAUACAUUAUCCGUAGAGGCAAAGCAAUUGUUUUUUCUUUUUCUUUUUUUACGAACUCUUUUGUUCAAUUUUGGAAUUAAAUUAUAGCCCUCAACUCCUUUUCCUUUCCUUGGAUUGGGCCCACCAAAAUUUCCACCUCCUUCAUGGAAAACGUAAUCAUUUCCAACAUUGUUUUGGAAGUUUUCGUGUUUAUAUAGUUUUUCUUUUUUCUGUUCGGUCGGUAAUCUUUUUACGUCACCAUAGUUUUAUAAAGUCACAUACUAAUCAAACAAUAAUUUUAUAAGAUCAUGUAUGGCGAAUUCUUAUAAUCUAAUUGAACGGCUCUAUUUUAUUGUAUAAUAAAAUACUGUCAACCAUCCAAUUUCAUUUUCGAAAAUAUAUCAAUCACCUCCUCUCCCAUUGGAGUCGAUAAUAAGAAUAAUGAAUUAAAAAACACUCUUCAAUCUUGAUAGCCUAACAAAUUUUUACCAAACAUUAAUCAUUCCAAAAAUUUUCAGGGAGGUUUGAUGUAGGAACCUAAUUGGAUUGGAUUAUUUUAAUUCUAAUCCAAACUCCUUUAAGAGAAAUGCAAUUUGAUUUUUCUAGUCAUUUAAAAGUCACACCUUAAUAAAAUCUUCAUCCAAUAAAUUGACGAGUAAUAAUUUUAUUAAUUUAUUAUCUGUCAUAUAAACUAUGAAGUAGUUCUAUACCAUUGAGUUCACAUUUAAAAGACUCCCAUCUCCCAUCUCCCAUUUACUUUAUGCAUAGUGUAGGGUAUUAUUAGACCAUACAGUAAUAUUAGCACUUCUCUAAUAUGCUAGAAGAAUUAUGUCCACAUAAAAAAAACAAAAAACAAAAAAAUCUUCUUCUAGGUCAUUGAUGAGGAUGAAAAUGAUGGGUAAAAUGAGAGAAGAGAGAGAGAGAGAGAGAGAGAGAGAGAGACACCAUUGAGAAUUAUUAAGCACGUUCAGUUCAUGCAAAAUUUGACCAAGUCCUUCACCUUUAAUUGGUCCCAAGUCUCAUUUCUUAGAGCUUUGGGUCAAAUUUUUGGGUCUGAAUGUAUAUUUAUAACUUUCUUAAUUACACUUUGUGAGGAAGGUCCAUGGAGAUUCACCCAUGCGAAUCACCCACUUAACGUAUUAACUAAUAUAACACUAUUUGACCAGCUUCUUAACAUUCACUUCCACGUCAUGUCCUAUCUAAUGAUCUCUUUGUAUAUUCUACCAAUGGAGGCGGGUCGAAGUGGUCAGGCAUAUGACUUUGGUCUUCUAUAUAUAUACGAGGCCGUUCCAUUACUUUUGUUCAUCUAAUUCAUUCAUUUCACUUUGAAUAUCCGGUAAUCUUCUCAAAUUAGUUUUAAUUUGGUGGAUUUUUUUUCUUUUUAUCAAAAUCAUCCAAAAGCAACAACCAUGGUGUUGGAAAGCGGCUUUUCAGAUAUGUUGAUUAAAGUGGGCUUGUUCUUCCUGGUUCAAGCUUUGGUGUAUCUUAUCCUUUCCAAAUCAUCUUCCAUCUUCUCCAAAUCAACAAAGAGAUCUCACAGCUUCAAACCGGCUCGCUCCGUCAGUGUUCGCCGGUUUCUCGCUGCUCUUUCCGACAUGCCUGCCGGCGGGGAGCUUUCUCCUUCACCAAAAGAACAUCUUCAGUCGCCAACCCAAGAGAAUUCAUCAUCGCCCUCUGCUCAUCAUCGUCAUCAUCAUCAUACAUCUUAGAGAGCUAUAGCUUCAGCUGCCAGCUGAUCCAUAUUUAUAUGUAUUGAUAUAUCAAAAAUUGGUCUCUGUUAGUGGGGUUUGUUGUAAAAAAAGAGCUGCAUAAUUUCUUUGUAAUAUUUGUUUUGUGUGAGAUUCUUUGAUUCUUUAAUAUUAUUUACAUAUGACAACAGCAGAUUGUUCAAAAGAGAUUGGAAAUUAAUUUUGAUAUGAAUUAAAAGGGAUCAAUUAUUGGCCCUGUCCUGUUAUCUAA